AUCAAGAGUUAUCUUCCCAGUUCGUCCAUUUGACUUCCGUUUGACGAUAUUUUCAUUGACCUCUGUCAAACCAUGCUACCAUUUAGAUCGUUGGGGACCCUUUCCCCGUCAGCGGUUACUAAAGCAUGGAAGUGUGGUGCAGCCCUGUGCAAUGGCAAAUAUUCAACAGCAGCCUCUGCAACAUUUACAACAAAGGAUUUUGACCUACACAAACUGGACAUGGGUCCAGCCACAGAGGUUUCCACCACCAGGGAGGAAGCCAUUCAGUUUUAUAGGGAGAUGCAGACCAUCCGGAGAAUGGAGACAACAGCAGGCAAUAUGUACAAAGCCAAGCAAGUCCGUGGCUUCUGUCACCUCUACUCUGGACAGGAGGCAUGCUGUGUUGGUAUGGAAGCGUCCAUGACUCCUGAAGAUGCAGUCAUCACGGCUUACAGAGCUCACGGGUGGUCAUACAUUCGUGGUGUAUCAAUACUGGGAGUCCUGGCAGAGCUCACUGGCAAGAAGUCUGGCUGUUCCAUGGGUAAAGGAGGAUCAAUGCACAUGUAUGGUAAAAACUUCUACGGAGGAAAUGGAAUUGUUGGUGCUCAGGUUCCACUUGGUGCGGGAAUUGCCUUUGCAAUGAAGUACCGAAAAGAGAAGAACAUAUGUGUGACUCUGUAUGGAGACGGAGCAGCCAAUCAAGGACAGCUCUUUGAAACAUUCAACAUGGCCAAACUGUGGAACCUGCCAUGUGUGUUUGUGUGUGAGAACAAUGGCUAUGGCAUGGGCACCAGUGCUGAACGAGCCUCGGCCAGCAUCGAUUACUACACCCGCGGCGACUACGUACCGGGCAUAAAGUGCGACGGUAUGGAUGUGCUUGCUGUUCGUGAGGCAAUGAAGUUCUGUAAGGACUACGUAUUGAAGAACGGCCCUAUCCUACUGGAAGUAGCCACAUACAGAUACAGUGGUCACAGUAUGAGCGACCCAGGCACAAGCUACCGUAGUCGAGAGGAGGUGAAAGAAGUACGCGAGAAGAAAGACCCCAUCACCACAUUCAAGGAAAAGCUACUAUCAUCCAACCUGGCUACUGCUGAUGAACUUAAGAAAAUAGAUACUGAGGUACGCAAAGAAGUGGAAGCCGCAGCAGAACUAGCUAAGAAUGACACAGAACUUUCUGGAGAUUAUCUAUACAAUCAGAUUUACAACCAGCCUCCAGCAGACUAUAUAGUACGUGGUUGUGACCCCAUGACAACCUCGCCGUCCAAGUAAUGAAUCGGAACCCCAAAACAUGAUUAUCUCACAAAGAAUAAGAUUUUAAAAGCUGGAACAGAGUGUUUUGAAAUCACUGAAGAUUUUAACCCAUUUACUAUAAUAUCUGUUAGAUAGACGUGAUAGAAUCUUUACCAGUAUAUUGGCUACUGUGUAAGCUGAUGUGUUGGACUUAUAAUGCUCUCACCCAUUUCAGUGAAGCAAGGUUGCAAUAGAGGUAAACAAAGGGAGCUAACCGCGGACAAGUUAAAACAGUGGGGAAUAAAUUGUGCUAUUUAUGCAGGUAAAAGCAUUACUGUAUAUCGAAAAAUGUUCACCUUUUCUCCCUCUGUAAUGAAGGUGAACAUAUUAUUAUAGCGAACAUUUGUAAACAACAUACACAGUAAUCAAAUGUGAUGGACAAAUUUAAUAUUGGGCAAUAAUGGAUUUUACGGUCGAAAGGCGAAAAUGUCCUGGUAUACAGUAUAAAGUGAGGCAGAUUGCAUAGUUAAUAUCCUGUGUGGGAUCAUCUAUAAAUUCUGUGACACGUGAUCCUUUAUAUGGAAUGUGAGUGUAAUCUCGUGUGUGAUGUUUAUAUACGAUGUUCUAUAGGAGGACGUGAUCUAAUAGAGGUUAUUCCAUUUGUUCUUGUUUAUGGUUUAUAUAUUUAUUUGAUUGAGGAAUAAUAGAUGUUUUAAUGCAAUUCUUUAAUCCUGGCGACUCAUCUUUGACUUACUUAUGUGGUUAACAUAAAAUCAUUUCAAUUACCGGUACAUUUAGUGCUAUAUGAGACUGGAUCAACUAAACUCAGUUUUUUAUGUUAUUUUGCAAAAGUAUUUUCCAGGCUACUUUGUGUCUCAGACUUUUCUUUCAGCUCCUGUGUUAGACUUACUGGUGUUGAUGAUAAAGCUGAUUUUAAUCAGAAUGUGAAUAUUGGCGAAAACUUAACACCUGUGAAGUCAUUCAUUAUGCUGUACUAUUAAAGAGAUUAUUGACCGUGGGGUUUUAAAAGAAGCCUGCAAGGUUACCUAAUGAGAAAAAUGUGCAAAAAACAUGUGUUUUAAAGGAAACUGACAGGCUGUGGGCAUUCCCUUAAGCCUUUGAAUUUCACCUUUAUCUGCCACUGUUAUCUGAUAAUAAUAUUUUGUUAGCAUCUGCUGCUAUAUUUGACUGUUGAUGAGACCUUUCUCGAGCUUUAAUGUUGCUGGAUAAAAGAGACUACAAAAUUUUCAAGGAUUAUGAUAUACAUCCCGAAAUAUCUUUGUAUUCAGGUUAAAUAUGUGAUAGUGCCCAUACCGCUUUCACUACCUUGAGGCACAACAACUGAGGGUCUAUUGCCAGUAGAAUAUGGCAACAAAGUUUAUGCUGACAAAAGUAUUCUAUGCAGAGUAAAUUAAUUCUCCACUGUACAUCAUUACAGUGCAGGUAAAGUAAUGCACAUUAUGUAACACUUUUCUGUCAUAUCCAGGAGUCGAUGCUACUGUGGGUGUGUAUGUUGUAUACAGUUUACAAAAUGUUAAGUCUCCAAAUACAUUAAAUCCAACAGAAUACAUACA